AUGGGUAAUGCAGAUAGUAAUGCAAGUAUUAAGGCCAUGCAUACAAAUUAUAUUGUUGUAAGAAAUAUAAAAGAUGAUACUCGUUAUGGAGAAGGAAGGAUAGUAAAAUAGAAGCAAACUAAAUAAGAAGUAUUUUAGAAGGAAAUCAAUUUAACAGAUGAAGAAAAAUAUUCAGCAUUAAAAAUAAUGCUUGAAAAAAAGGAAAGCAAUUCAUAUGAUAAUUUGAUCAAUAUAACUAGUAUUUAAAUUAGCAAUAUAAUUAUUAGAGUUGUUUUAUCACGAAGAAAAUCAAUUUUGUGGUUAAUUUUUUAAGAUCUUCAUUUUAAUGGAAUAUAUACCAACAACUUUGUUUGAUAUCUUAGAAUAAAGAUUAGCUAAGAAAUUAGAAUUUAAAGAAUCAGAACUAUGGACUAUUCUAAUAGGAUGUAUAGAAGGAUGUUGUAUACUGGAAUCUUAGAAAAUCACUCAUCAAGGAUUAAGAUUAGAUACAAUCUCUUAUAUAGAUUAAUUUCCAUAUGUCAAGAUUCUAGAUCCAAUUUUAAGUGGAGUUCCUACUACUUAUCAAUAAUUAUUAUAAGAUGACACUAAAUAAAUCAAUUUGAAUUAUUUAAGUCCUAAACUCAUGUAAUCACUUAAUGAUGAUAUGUAACCAUAACAUAAUCCAUACAAAAGUGAUGUAUAUUCUUUAGGAAUGAUGAUGUUGCAUUUAACAAGUUAACAUAAUUGUGAAGAUUGUUAUGAUAUGUAAAAAAUGAGAGUAAAUCAUUAAUAAGUUUAAAGGAGAUUAUUAAAUUUAGAAUAAAAAUUCUCAUCUUAAUAUAUUCAAGUCUUGAGAACUAUGCUAUUACUUAAUGAAGAUUAAAGACCAGAUUUUCUUUAAUUAAGAUCUGAAAUGUAAUCUAUGUCACCUCCAGCUUCUCCUAAAGCUUAUAUUGAAGAACAAGAAGAAGAAGUCAUCCAAACCAAAAAGAGUCCAAUUAUUUAAGUUGAAGCAUAUGAAUAAGCUGUAGAGAGCUUUGCAAUACCCUAAUAAUAAUAUCAAUUAUAAACUUCAUAAUAACCAUAAAUAUUUGUUAAUCCUGAAUAAAGUGCUAAAUUUAUAUAAUAAUCAUAAAGUUCAGUACAUAAUUCUUAAGUACAAGCAUAAAGAUCAAUUUAAUUAAGACAAUCUUAGCAAUCCGUCUAAUCCAAUUAAUCAAUGUAUAUAUAAAGAAAUGGUCUUAAAGACUUAAGACCUGAUAUAUGUGAUCAUUUAAAAAUUGUAGUAUUAUCAUUUAAUUUAGUUACCUUUAUCAGAAUAACCCUCAGAAUAAUCAUAAAUUGAUACCAAUAUAGGUAACAAAAUAGGAGCUGAAGAAUUAUUGAAUCGUUCUAAUUUAGAAUAAUAAGAUACAUUAAUGCCAAUCACAUCAUUUUCUAAUUCACAAUAAUAUUAGUAAUUUUUACAAUCUAAAUCUAAUAUGCCAGUUUCAUAUGAAUCUUAUAAAAUGGAAUCCACUUAUAGAAAUUAAUAAAAUGUUGAUCCUGUUUCUAAAUAUGAUUAUCUUUAUGAUAAACAAAUGAGCAAUCAACAAAAAUUUUCAAAUUAUCAAAGUGAUUUGAAAAGAACUUUAGAAUCUAAUAGGGUUUAAACUGUUUCAGAAUCUUAUCCUAAUGGAUCAAGAUAUGAAGGCCAAAAAUUGAAUGGAAUGAGACACGGUCAAGGGACAUUUUUCUAUUAAGAUAAUGGUGGAGUUUAUGAAGGUUAAUGGUUUGAAAAUAAAAUGCAUGGUUAAGGUUAUACAUUCAAAGUAACAUCUAUUAGGUACUUUAUUUUAUGCCUCUGGUAAACCAGCAUAUGAAGGAGAGUGGUUGAAUGAUAAAUUUUAGGGUAAUGGCACUUUGUACAAUGAAGAACCUUAAGCACUUUAUGGAGAUUUUGAUUUUGGGGAUUUUGAUACAAUUGGAGAGUAUUUAUAUAUUAAAAUAAGUUAUUGGACAAGAUAUGUUGGUUAAUUCAAUUAAGAUAAUAAAGAGGGUCAAGGCACCUUAUAUUUAUCAAAUGGUGAUCGAUUUGAAGGCAACUUUCUAUAAGACUUAAUAAAUGGUCCUGGAAGAUAUAUCAAAAAAAAUGGUUAAAUAAUUUAAGGAAAAUGGUGGAGAAAUAAACUAUAAUAGUGA